UUUCGCAUUUGUUAUCUGUGGUUUUCGCCAUAGCACUGACGUCAGUCAUCAACUCAAAAUAACAAAAUAAUGUUUUCAUUACGCCUAAAAUGAGCAGUUCCUACUAAUUAAAACUUCGGUUGUGAUGUGUUCAUCGUUAAGUGCGAAAUAAAGUGAGUAGAGAGUAAAUUUAUAAAUACAAACUAAAUUAAUAGUUGUUUCCCACGUUCUAAACAAUGUCAAAGUAUGUGGUAUCGUCACAGCCAAGGACAACGGCAAAGAAUAAUUCGACAGAACCGCCUUUAUCCGAAGUUCGUUAUGAUACAAUUAAAUGUGAAGAAUGUCGAAACGAUAACGACCAAUGCUGCUUCGUGUAUUUCUACUCGUUAUACUGCGGUCGAUACCGCUGCUCUGGUUGCUGCGAUGAUGAAAAAAAAAAGAGAAGUAGGCCACUAAGGAUUGCGGCGAAUAAUUACACAGUCGAUGAUGUAUCUGAAGACGAUAAUAUUACAAGUUUUAUAAAAGACGACACCGUCUAUAGGCCCACUACAUAUAGUGACUAUAAUAUAGUUCAUGAACAUAGCGGAGGUGUAAACAGGGGAGAUCUCGCUGUGGCAGGAAUCGACUAUGAUGGUCACUUGAGUGGUCGCAGUAGAAAUGAUCAUCACACGGGAGACAUGAGUCGCUCAACUUGUAAGCCCGAUGCAGGUAACUCUGGUAAAGUACACCAACCAGGUCUUCAUAGUGAUAGUGCAAAUGACUCUGAGACCGUAUGCUAUCCAUAUGGCCAAUCAGUUGGUCAUGCCAGUAAAAGUCAUUCAGUUAAUCAUAGCAGUGUUGAAGAUAAAUUUGGAAAUGUUUGCUAUACAGUUGGUAACAACGCAAGUGGAGAUCACAGCAGUAAAAGUCAUUCAGUUGAUCAUAGCGGCGUCGAAAAUAAAUAUGGAAAUGUUUGCUAUACAGUUGGUAACACUGGAAGUGGAGAUCACGGCGUAAGCCACUCAGGUGGUACUGUUGGACAUGGAGGCCAUUCUGUUGCCGAUAACACGCAUUCGAGUAGUGGUGAUCACUCUGGGGGAAAUCAUGGGAGCGUAGAUCAUUCUAGUGGCUGGGGGUGCAGCGGCGGAGACACUGGUGGCGAUAGUGGAGGGGGUGGGGGUGGUGACACUGGCGGUGAUAGUGGUGGAGGGGGCGGUGGUGAUAGUGGCGGAGGAGACACAGGUGGUGAUAGCGGGGGAGGUGGUGGUGGUGGAGAUGAUUAAUGAUUUGUUGUGAACUACUUCCCUCAACUUCGUCCGCAUUGACCGCGACAUUUUGUAUUGAACUAGACGUAUUGACCUUCCUAUUGAAUCACUUGUUCAUCUUUUAAUGAAAACCACCUUAAAAUUGGAUGUGUUAUUUGAAAAAUCUAAGCGAUUUUAUUAUGUACCUACUAAAUUAUGAUAAGACAUUGCCCUGCUUUUUAAAGAACCAAUGGAUUAUCCAGGGAAGCUAAGGUAUUAAUGCUAAAGCUUAUUAAAAUUUUGAAUUUGUCAGUGACAAAUAUUUCAAACGUUAUCUUCGUAAUUAUUGUUCUGACGAGCAACUUAGUACCUUAUUUGUGACAAUAGUACCUUGGAAAAAUCCUUGCUAAGUUGCUCGUCAGAAUUAAUGAGAUAUAGUUUCCCUCUAUCUAUAUUUCCCUUGUCACUUAAACUUACGUACGUUAUUCAUUAUUAAAUUGAAACAAAUAAGGGCAUUUACUUCCACUACUACUUCCUUUAAUUAUGUCUCGAUUUAUAGGUAUAUGUUUAUAGUUUAGAAUAAUUUUAAAUAAAUGUUAUGUUAAUAUUAAUGCCCAUAUUUGCCAUCAGUGAUUAGGUACACGUUCAAAUGUGUUCAGGUUAUGUGACAUUUUGUGAGCUCAGUAAGCUCGUAUAACUCUAGACACGUACGCAGACGCACGUUGAAGACCUUAUGAAGCCGCUAAGGGAAGGGCGUGACUGUAAAAGAAAUAAAUAUAUCAAUAUCUAUUUUUCUUUACGAAACUAGGGUUGAAUAUAUCAAUUCUAUUGAAUAUUUUUCACGUCCUUCGGCAUUUUUCUUACAAUAAAGUCAAUUUGUUCAUGGGUGUUAUCUUUGAACCAUUUUUAUAUUGAAUUUUUGAAGAGACAGUUUGUAUAAUAAUUAACGCUUUCCACUUUUUACUUUUCACCUAGUCCUAAAUCCGGAUCCACGCGUUUACGAGACUAUUUAAGUAAAAGUGUUGUCACUUGUAGCCGGUCGUGUGUCGGUCUUUUGUCAUUACAGGAGUUCGUCGCGCGACCUGUCUACAAAUUACUACAAAUUGUUCUUUGUCUACUGAUGUAAUGAUAGUACGUUAAGUCCACAGUUACGACUACGUCAUCGACCACAGUCUACAACACAAAAAUAAUGUCAAUAAAAUUGUUAUAGUCAUUUGUCAAUGUCAAUGUCAAACUCAAAUCAAAAUUGCAUAAAUAAAUCUUUAUGAUCUGGGGCCUAAUUGUCUAACGCAAACGAUUGAAUUUGACAGUUGAAAUCGUACGUUUUUACUUGUCAAACAGCUAUUUCGGAUUGUGUAAGCCAAUGGAAAGCCAUCGGUUGGGCAUAGUUAGUUCAUUACGAUUAGAUCGUUAUUUUUAUACGAAGAGUGAAUGAUUUUAUAUGAUUUGACAGUUAUUUGCGAUUGUCUUCGAAUUGUUUAAAGUUUUAUCUUCAUGGCCUAUGUCAAAAACUUACGAUGGGUCUUGAGUCACCUUUGAUCGUAAAAAGGACAAAUUGUGGAUGUCCAAAAUUCCAAAAUAAUAAUUUAUAUUUUAUUAAAUAUCUAAAAUUAAUAUUUUUUUCCAUUCUAAAUCUCUCAAUUCAGUCUCCCCGUCCACAGUUAGCAUUUUUAGUACGAAACUUUGCGAAGUGUUUAGUGCUUUGUUUGUAAACAAUGAACUCUAUUAGAAAGAGUAAUAAAUAAUAUAUUCUUUGCAAUGAACUUUUAAAGUCAAAACAAUGAAGUUAAUUGAGUGCCAUUAAUCGAUUUAUAUAGGAUGCUGAGACUUGGACUCUGAGAGAAAGUGAGAAAAAGAAGAUACACACUCUAGAAAUGUGGUGUUGGAGAAGAAUGCUUGCAUAUCCUGGACACAGUUUCGAAACAACAUCUCACUCCUCCAAGAACUGGGGAUCAAACUGCAUCUUUCUUCCAGCAUCCAAUGUCUUACACACACUUUCUUUGGACGUACCACACAAAGAGACACUUAGUCCAUAGAGCGACAUAAACUCGAUUUCUGCGACAUCUUGCAUGUUGUUGUAUCCAAUAUGUUUGGAUCUGUGUUCCAUGGCAUAAGUGUGUGGUUUAGUUAAGUUUGCUGGCAAAGUUAAGCAAAAAGGAAUCAAAUUUCAUUUUUAAAAGUAUGAUUAUGGCGAACGAACUCUUUCGUCAUCGCUCAUAGGUACAUUUACAUUUUCCAUUAGUGCAUGCCCACCCUAGGAAUCCUAGGAUUCUGAGCUACCGAAUAGGAAUAGGAAAUAAUAAUAGAUAAGCCAAUGGGUGGGAGUAGAAUAGGAUAGGAAUAGGGAAUGAGUCAAAGCGAAGCUUGUCUGUCUGCUAUAUUAUCUUAGUACACAAACUACACUUACAUUGAGACUAAAUAGUGAUGUGUAUAUUUUAUAAUAUGCUCAAUAUUAACAAUUUUGCUUUACAGGAGAUUUGGAAUAUGCCCUAUAACUGCAGACUCCAAUAUUGCAAAUAGCACCUGCAAUACAGUGGAAUAACAUAUUGGUGUGCUGAAGAAAAGAUGGCAAAGGCUUUUAGCUGACAGGACAUUGUACUGAUGACCCUGUUAUCUGGUCAAAUCAUAAAUGUGUGUGUAUUAUCAAAAUAUUUGCAUAGAUUGUGAAAUGCUGAUGAUAUUUGAUUUGGUCUUUGAUAUUUAAAAAUAAAAGAAUACUUACUUUGCUGAGUUUGUUUUGUUGUAGUUUUUUCUAAAACUAAGGCUGGUUUUACAGUCACGCCGCUAGACGCGCCGUUGGACAGCGCGCUGUUGGACAGCGCGCGUUUGAACAGCGGUGCACCAACUAGUACGGCGCUCCUCAAUUAGUACGGCGCGUUUCGCUGCUGUGAGACAGUCGUGUACAAACAGAUACAAAAUGAACGGCAAUGCGGUUAGAGUACUGGCUAUUUACUUUUUAUGGAAAAAAAGGCAACAAAAACGUCGAAGAACAGUAGGUGUUGAUCCUUAUAACGCUACAAGGUUACUGAGAGGCGAACACGUAACAUCUUUCUCUGAUUUACGAGAAAAUAGUUAUAAAUUUUAUAAAUAUUUUCGCCUAUCAACCAGCAGUUUCGACGAAUUACUGUGCAAGUUAGAGUUUUCUUUACGAAGAUCCAGCAUACGUCGCAACCCCAUAGCUCCAGUGGAAAAAUUGGAAAUUUUCACAACACAAUUCCUUUCCAAUUUCUUCCAGGCUUUAUUUUUUGCGUCCUUAUUCUUAUAAAAAUCAUCGGCCGGGUCCCAUAAACAUCUUCUAAUUCGCACUUCGUCAAUUACUCGACCCGUAUCGAUGUGAUUCAUUUUGUACACAACAGUACCUAACGGCACGUCUCAACGGCGUGAGACUAAAACGCACAAUGGCCGUAGAAGCGCACGAGCGGCGCGCGCUUCGACCGCGUCGCGCGAAUAGGACGCGUUCAACGAACGGCGCUGCUCAAGCGCGCGAAUUUGAAACGCUACUAAUACCCCAAUACAUAUCCGAGCGCGCGCGCUCCGACGGCGCUGCCGAAACGCGUGACUGUAAAACCAGCCUAAAGCUUUUAGUUUAACAUUUUACUAUUAAUAUUUUUUUUACCAUUACAAUAAUUAAAUAAAAUAUUCAAAAAGUGUAGUUGUAAAAAAUACAUUUAUAAUACCUGUGUAUGUUCACCCCCCUGCAGUUUCACCCACAUAAUUCCUGUUCCCGUGGGAAGAAAUACAUGGCCUAUAAUACUCAAAUGUGGAUUUUUAUUGGUAAAAUAAUCUUCAAAAUUGGUUCAGUAGGUCCAGUGCUUACCCCUACAAUCCCCCGAACUGUAUCUUUUUAUUACAGUAUCUAGACAACUAGUAUUCUAAGAAUUAUGAAAAUGACACCUCUGAGGGUGUAAUAGGGGUUGGAAGUUCAUAAAAAAAAAGAUUUUUUAAGUUUAUUUAUUAUAAUAAUAAUAAAUACAGUAGACAUAGACUUUCAGUUAGACAUUUUUUAAACCCGGAAACCACAAAGCUUAAAAAUAAUCAAAUUUAUACUUCUCAUCCAGUCGGCCUGUACAGUAACUUGCAGACACUGUUUUGAUGAUUAGUAUAUUUUCUUAAAUCAGAAAAACGAGUAUUACCAAAUUAGGAUAUAAAUCUGCUAAAGCCUAACUAGCUACUCCAUAGAGGGGCCAGACUAGACACUGAGGGAUCAUGGGUUCAGCCCUGCUCACUGUACUAGACAACAUAUUGGCCAUACUUAAAUGUUAAAGCAUAUUUAUUUUUAAAUAUGUUUUACCGUAAAUAAAUUAUUACAGAUGCUACCUUUCUAACAGCUUCAGUCAAUCACAGGAUAGGUACAAUGAAGUUACAUAGUGAAUAAUCAAAUUUAUUUUAUAAUUAACAAAAAUGAGUAAGAAUAUUUUAGAUGGAUAGCUGACAUAGAGAGCUCCUGGAAUUACACACACACACAGCACAUAAUUCUUAAGCUGGCUCAGCUAGUCAGUCUUGUUGUCAAAGCACUCAUCUUCAUGUCUCUCUCAAUAUCAGUGGUUCAUCGUAAUAGUCUGUUCAUAAUAAUCAAUUUAGUCUGAAAUAAAAAAAAAAAAAUAAUAUUUCAUACUAAAAGUUAGAUAGAAUCUUUGAGAGGAAAACAUUAGCAGUGAUUUCCUGGGUUCGAUCCCUGGCUUGACCGAUUGAGGUUUUCUCAAUUGGUCUAGGUCUGGCUGGUGGGAGGCUUCGGCCAGUUACCACCUUACUGGCAAACACGUACCGCUAAGAGAUUUAGCAUUUGGGUAUGAUGCCAUGUAGAAACCGAAAGGGGUGUGGAUUGUCUUCCUACUCCUAACAAGUUAACCCGUUACCAUCUUAGAUUACAUCAUCACUAACCAUCAGGUGAGAUUGUGGUCAAGGGCUAACUUGUAAAGAAUAAAAAAAAAAAAACCUGCUCCAAUGUGGAUUGGUAGUUAUGGUGUUAAUGUAUAAUAUACCACUAUCAGAUGUUAAUGAUAAUUUAUGUUCCGAAGGUUCAUACAAUGAAAGUAACUUGUUUGAUCCCCGGCUGGACCAACUGAUUUAGCAUUCCAGUGUGAUGACGUGUAGCCUAACUUGUAAAGAAUAAAAAAUAAAAUAAAACAGUAACAUUUUGCUCUCAGUAGAGGAUUUUGAAUGGUAUAUCUAAAUGCUUAGAUAAACUAUCUCUGCGAACCCGUUGUUAUUAUGACACUGUUGUUGGCUGGUGAAGGAAUAAAACACCCUAAAGAGCUAAAGAACUGUUCAAAUCCUUUAAUAAUAAGUCUGUUUGUGAAGUCACUCAUCACACACUUAGGUAAACCUAUGUAUAUUAGUGCUGACUCAUACGAGACUUAACACUGGGAAAAAAUAACAUGCGGACUUUUCUAAGAGACAGCUGCCCACCCUCUCCUCUUGCGCAGCCCGGAUGUGCUAAAUACUUCCCAACAAAGAAAUUACUGCUGUAACUAGUGCAGGGACAUGUAGUAGACAGCAGCGCGAUCACUUAUUAAUCGGGCAUUGUUGAUUGUUCUUCAGUUGGCUAACUCCACUUGUAGUUACGCUAACCACCUUAGCCCUGCCUUGCCUGAGUUAAGGGUUGUUUUAAUGAGAAACUUCUUAAGAAAUGGACAUCGACAAAAUUAUAUAGAGGUAGUUUUCUUUUUUGUUUACUUUUAUAUUUUAGAUUAACAAUAACACAAACGAAGUAAACUUUGCUCCUAAGAUCAAUAUAAUUUAGUAAAACUUUGCUCAAUUUCUAAAUUCUCUUUAAAACCUAAAAAAUAAAAAUUUUGUUUUGUUUUGAUAAAUUAAAAAAUAAAAUUUCUAAUCCACAGGUUAUUAAUAUGCUAUGUUUCACCACAGACUAAUAGGAUACCCCGUUAUUUUGACACUAGCCUACACAGACAACAGGGAGAUUACCAAAUAGUCCAAAUAGCCCUUGGUUAAAUUCGUUAAAUGCGUUUUGUUACUCGAGUUGCAUGUACCAUUUUCUCACGCUAUUUUCUUCAAUAGUAGAUAUUUUUCGUGAAAUUUAAUGCUUCUUUAAUGUUUUAAACAAAAGACAUAAAACUUUGUUAAAAUAUAUGCAUUAUUAUGGAGUUUGACUUAAAUUUGAUAAUAUUAUUAACGAUAGUUUCACUAUCGUUUUGCAUAAACAAUACGCAAUCUUCAUGAAUGAUUUCAGUUCAUCGUUCACCAUCCGGUCUUCAUAUAAUGAACUAAAUUAGACAAUACCAAUGUAAAGUUACGAUUGAUCGUUGAUCGUAGCCGAUCGUAUGAACUUUACGAUCAAUGAACUCCGUUAGACAAUUAGGCCCCUGUUAUUGUAAAGCUCACGACUGCACAAACUUCCGAGUUAUUUAUUUUAAUAUUUUUUAAACCUAUUUUUAACAUAUAUUCGAUAACAAUACAACAAUUUGUUAUGUCUAAUAGACACUAGACAAUAUACUGCUGAGAUUGUUUAAUAAGUCUAUACAAUUAUUUAGAAAUACUUAAAAUUAGUGGACAGUUGAUAUAAUUAUUCAACUUCAUAUUGCACGUCGUCGUCGUCUCCAAUUUUAGGAAGGAAUAAAUAAAAUGCAAUAAAUUCCGGUUACCUAAUUUUUUUUCGUUGUUCGCGUUGUUCGGAAAAACUUGUGCCAAACUAUUUAAAAGAAAAUCGCAAGUUUUUGUGUUUAGUACAACUUGUGUGAUUAAAAAAAAAACUUGUACACAACUGACUAUGGCUGAACCAAUCACCACACAACCUGGAGUAAAUGAAGUCAUUAGAGCGAGUGAAAAAAUACAUUUGGAGGAACCAUUUUUAAAUUCAGAACCACCAGAGCAAGAGAUGCCAAUCGUCGAACCUAUUGGAAAUGAAGUAAUUGAGGAAGAAAAGAAGAAAAAGAGAAACGAAACUGCCUGUUGUGUAUGCUCUGAUCCCGAUGAAGAUGAUGUACUUGAUAUGUUUUUUAUCUGUGAAAGUUUCGCUGGGUUAUGUCACCAUUUUAUACAGUGCCUUGGAUAUACAUGUACAAGCUGCUGUGAGUGUUUUGGAGAAUGCUGUUCAGGGUGUGGUGAUUGUCUUGGAGAAUGCAGUUCAGGAUGCUGUGAGUGCCUUGGAGAAUGCAGUACAGGAUGUUGUGAGUGUCUUGGAGAGUUCUGUUCUGCUUGUGGUGAGGGUGGCUGUGACUGUGACUGUUCAGACUAAGCUUAGACAAUGAAGGACUAAGACAUAAGUCGCAGGGUUAAACAGAACAUAAAAAGUUGAAUAUCUUCAUACUUGUGUCUUCAUCAUCAUCAUUAACAAACCAUAUUCUGCUCACUGUUGAGCAUGAGUCUCCUCUUAUAAUGAGAGGGGUUAGGGGUUAGGCCUUAGUUUAUCACGCUAGCGCAAUGCGGAUUGGCAGUCUUCACACACAUAGAGAAUUAAGAAAAUUCUGAGGUAUGCAGGUUUCCUCGCAAUGUUUGAUAUAUGUUGUGUUGUUCAACUUAGGCAUACUGGAGUAAUGAUAGACAAUUCUAGUCUCUGUUAUACUUUAUGAGUUGAAUAAAGUCUUUUUGAAAGAUAUUUUCUAAGCCCAAAAGAUGUAAAUAGCUUUGCAGUGCAUUUACAAUGUAGCCUUUUAUAUCUCUAGUAUUACCACAAUAUUUUUGUACUCAAAUUAUAUGUAUACUAAAGCUAAUACUCAAUGUGUAGUACAAACUUAUCUUUGUAAAUUGAUGUUUAAUAUGUUACAUGUACGUCAUCUGUGAACACAGUCCUUAACACAAAAAUAAUAAUAUUGUCAUUUGUCAAACUCAAAUCAAAUCAAAUUGUGGGUUCAGGACUGCACACACUUCAGAGAUAAUAUUAUUAUAAUCAAUAAUAUCAUUAAAACAAUUUAUAAUGUCUAUUAGACACUCUAGCCAUUACACUGCUGUGAUUGUUUAAUAAGUAGCUAUUUAAUUAUAUUUAUAUAAAAUUGGGUGGGUAAUUUGUUUAUUACUUAAUUGUUCUCAAUUUGAAUUAAAUAAUUAAAAAAGUGCCAAACAACUUUUGUGGUAAAGCAGUUUCUAGUGGACAUUGUUAAACUGUAUAUUGCACAUCAUAGGUAGUUAUGAUACUGUGAAGACCUAAAAUAGGUCUCCAAUUUUAGGUAGGCAUAAAUAAAAUGCAGUAAAUUCUGGGUACCUAUUGCAUUGUUUGGUAAAAACUUGUGCGAAAAUAUUUAAAUCACAAGUUGUUGUGUUUGGUACAACUUGUGUGAUUAGAAAGAAAGCUUGUACGAAACUGACUAUGGCUGAACCAAUCACCACACAACCUGGAGUAAAUGAACCAUUUUAAAAUCCAGAACCACCAGAGCAAGAGAUGCCAAUCGUCAAACCUAUAGGAAAUGAAGUAAUCGAGCAAGAACAGAAAAAAAAGAGGAACGAAACUGCCUGUUGUGUAUGCACUGGUCCCGAUGAGGACACUGUAUUUGAUAUGUUUUUUAACUGUGAAACUUUUGGUGGGUUAUGUAACAAUUUUAUUGAGUGUUUAGGAUCUACAUGUUCAAGUUUCUGUGAGUGUUUUGGAGAAUGCUGUUCAGGGUGUGUAGAUUGUCUUGGAGAAUGCUGUUCAGGAUGCUGUGAGUGUCUCGACAAGUUCUGUUCUGCUUGUAUUGAGGCUGGCUGUGACUGUGACUGUGACGACUAAGUGUAGACAAUGAAGGAUUAAGACUUAAGUCAUCAUCAUCAUUAUUAAUAAUCCAUAUUUGGCUCACUGUUGAGAAUGAGAAGAGUUAAGCCUUAGUCCACCAUGCUGGCCAACAGGAUUGGCAGACUUCACAGACAUAGAGAAUUAAGAAAAUUUUGAGAUAAUAUGCAAGUUUCUGCACAAUUUUUUUCGUUCGUAGUUUAAGACACGUGAUAUAUAAUUUCUUAAAAUUCACGUAACUGAAAAGUUGGAGGUGCUUGCCCCGGCCCUUACGCCCUGUGAAUCGAAGGCAGCAAACACACACAAACAAAGUUGGCUGGUAGGUGUGAGGGAGUCUUAGUUUACUUAAAAUAAGGGUUUUGCUCAGUAAUGAUGUUUGUUAUGUGUAGAAUAAAAUCUUUUUGAAAUGUAUUUUUUAAGCGCAAAAAAUGUAAAAGGUUCUGCAGUGCAUUUACUACAGUUAAGCCUCUAAUAUAACCACAACAUUUUUGUAUUCAAAUCGUAUAAUAACGCCAUAUUUAAUUUUUUGAUAUUUGUGUACUUUUGUAGACUUAACUUUAUUUUAGGUAACAUUUUUUUCUAUAGAUAAAUCACACACCUAUAAGGUGAAUUUUAAUGCUGCAAUGUAAUGAAAGGUGUGCCUCAUAUAGCAGAAGUAGUGAAACUAAGUAGAACUUAGUAAGUAAGAAGUGGGUAACUAAGUCUUGUGAUAAAGUACAAAAAAACAAUACAGACACUACUUUAAUUACAUAGUAAGAUUUAAUAAUAAAAAUUAAUGUAAUCAUAAAAAUUCCUAAUGAUGAAGUGAUUUCAUUUGUUAUUCUUUAAAGUUUUAGUUGGUGUGACUUUCGGCCGUGGCUAGUUACCACUCUACCGACAAAGAUGUACCGCCAAGGGGUUUAGCAUUCCGGCACAAAGUCAUGUAGAUACCGAAAUGGCUGUGGAUUUUCAUUCUAUACCCAACAAGUUAGCCCUCUUCUAUCUUAGAUUGCAUAAUCAUUAUGUAAAGUCUAUCUUCCGAGGAUGCUCUAAUAACAGAGUGAAACAUAUUUUAGAGGAUUUUUGCUCACAUUUGUGAGUUCACAGAGAAUAGCAAAAUAAAUCAAUGAUUCACUCACUGUUCAUAAAGAACUUCCGCAAGGUAAUGUCUGCUUCUAUUUUCCUACUACUUACCUACUUUUAUUCUGUUUUCUGGAAAUGUUUAUCUUUGUAGUUGUUGUUUUCUUGUGAUUUUAUGAGACAUAUAUACUCAAUGACAAUAUAUUGUCAUAUACUGCUAUAUUUUAUAGAUAAAUAUCUCAUUAAGUACCCUUGAGUAAUGACUGCUGGAUAACAAACAAUGGUAUUUUUAUAGUAGAGAUUACAGAAACACUUUAAAAUGGAGAAACCUCAUGUUUAAUGAAAUAAUUAUAUUUUAUAUCAAUUACAAUAAAAUUAAUAUUAAUAUACCUAUAAAUUGUAGACUUAAAUAAGUAUCUAGCAUAAUGUGCCUACUUAUUGUAUUCCUGCCAAGUAUUUUAUUCAUUGUUACAAUAUACAAGCUGUUGUUAUUGAAAAAUAUAAGUAAGCUAAGUAGAAUAAGUAAUAUUUUAUUAGCUAUAAGUAUACCUACCAAUAUAUAAUAUGAAGGUAGAUUUUAAGUGUUUUACAAAAUGUUAUUUAAUUGCCAAUAUUGAAUGAACUGUUAAUUACAAUAAAUAUACUUAUUUUAGUAUAGGUAUCUAAUUUCUGUUAUGUUGAAAAUUUUUGACACAAAGAUUUUUAGUAGCAAUGCUCAAUAUUUAGGUAUCCUGCAUUGCAUCCCAAGUUUUUGUAAUCAGGUCAUAAUAUGUAUAAGUACUUACUGUAUUAAAAAUCUAAAUUCUUAUAUCACAAGUUAGAUAAUAUACUAUGCACAAAAAUUAAGGGAGCAGAAAAAAAAUCCAAAUUUUUGGGGGAUUUUCAACAGGCUGUAACUUAUACAAAAAUGGUCGUACAGCAAAAAAAUAAAAAGCAAAUUGUAGCUCUAAGUGUUUAGUUUUUGGAUCUGAGUUUGAAAAUUUUUUUUUGAAAAUAUUUUUCGAGUAAUCAUAAGAAAACCACCGAAAAAAAAAUUUUCGAAAUUUUUUUGGUUUUUUUUUUAAUCUACGGACGUGGAAUAACCGGAUAGCUUGUUUAUUCAGAUUUAAUUUCGUUUUUUUUAAAUCUCGAUACGAGCAUUUCUCGCUGAGAUAUCGAUGUUUGAAUGGAAAAAGAUCAUUUUGUCUUUGAUUACCAAUAUCUCAGCAACCAAUGAUCGCACAGAAAUUUUGAGGUUGGUUUCAAAAACUUGAAUAAACUUUCUACAAGGAUUGGCAAUUGAAUUUUGAAAAAAAAAUUUUUUUUCAAUCAUUACAUGAAUUUGAAAAAGCAUCCAAAAAAGGGCUUUUUGUCGUUUUUUGGAAAAUCAAGCGCCCAAUCAAAAAUAUUGCGGAAACCAAUGGCUUUUGUGCUUGCGCACAUACACGUGCGCAAGCACAAAAGCGUACAAUUGUACAAUUGUACAAUUUGCUUUUUAUUUUUUUGCUGUACGACCAUUUUUGUAUAAGUUACAGCCUGUUGAAAAUCCCCCAUAAAUUUGGAUUUUUUUUCUGCUCCCUUAAUUUUUGUGCAUAGUAUAUAUAGGUAUUUUAUAACUUGCGAAAAAGUCUUAUUAAAAGUAGAUACUAACUACUAGGUAAGGAAGUAGUUAAUUCCGACAUAUGUACCUACCCAUGCUAUCUGAAAAACACUAAGUGUAUUAAACGGCAUUUUGUUUAUUCCUACCACAAAUAGUAAACGGUUAGCCUUUAGCCUAGUCCUCAUCCCUAGACCCCAGACGCUGAAAACUGACUUAAAAAAUAAAAUCCUUUUGCGAGACUUGAUUGCACAAGGUCAUGGUCAGGGGUCUAGAGUGAGGAACCUCUGUUCUCACUAUAGGCGUCGUCUCAAGUAUUAGUAACUGUUAUCUGUAUCUGUCUCUUGAUUUAAUAUUUGGCUAUUAAAUCAAACGCUUAAAAUGUUGGUAGACUUUCGCUAUAAGACUAUUUACUGAAACGGCUAUCUUAAGAAUUUAUAUUCGAAUACGGCGGUAAAAACAGAUCAAUUAUUUAUUUAUUUUAUUAAAAAAAUAUUGUCGAAUAAAUUUAUAAAUUACAUAAAUA